CUACAUGGCUUUCAGAGAUCCACGGCCACCGCCCUCUGUGACCUCACCACUGAGGUCCUGAGAACCAUUAAUGCCACCGAGGGCGCCAUGGCCGAGUACGGUCUGGCGGCGCCGCUCGGCCGGGCCCCCGUAGUAGGGACCGACGUUAAGCAGGCAGACGAUGCCUUCAGGGAACUCGAGGAAAACGUCUACAUGGCGGCCGGCCAGUCGUGCGAGCUGGAGACGAAGCUGCGGCGCCUCGAGCAGAGCACCAAGACCCGCUUCGGGGGGGCGGCGGACUCGGAGCUGUCGGAGCUGGAGGACGUGGUGGCGCUCACCGCCGCACGCGUGCAGAGCGCGGAGAGCGAGGUGUCCGACAUCGAGAGUAAACUCGCCGCUCUGAACGCCGCCGGAUCGAAGAAGAAGGUUUCUGGAUCUCAUCCGAGGAAAAAGGCUCCGCAGGACUUCUCCAGAAGCAGUAACGGCGCUCAGUGGAAAUCGAGCCUGUUCUGAAGCUGGAGCC